AUGGAGGAACCUGCUGCUGCCGGGGCGGGGAGCCCUCCCGCCAAUGGCAAUAGCAACAGCGGCAAAGGGAAGCAGGCAGCGCCCAAGGGCCAAGAGGCGUUCAGGAACCAGCGGCGCGAGUCUGAGGGCUCUGUGGAUUGCCCCACUCUGGAGUUUGAGUAUGGAGAUUCCGACGGGCAUGCAGCAGAGUUGUCAGAACUGUACAGCUACACUGAGAACCUGGAGUUCACCAUCAACCGGAGGUGCUUUGAAGAAGACGUCAAGACUCAAGUGCAGGGCAAGGAGUGGCUGGAGCUGGAAGAAGAUGCCCAGAAGGCCUAUGUAAUGGGACUCCUGGAUCGGCUGGAGGUGGUCAGUAGGGAGCAGCGGCUGAAGGUGUCCCGCGCUGUUCUCUACCUGGCCCAGGGUACUUUUGGGGAAUGUGAUUCAGAAGUCGAUGUGCUACACUGGUCCAGGUACAACUGCUUCCUGCUCUAUCAGAUGGGGACCUUCUCAGCCUUUCUGGAGCUACUCCACAUGGAAAUCGACAACAGCCAGGCCUGCAGCAGCGCUCUCCGGAAGCCAGCCAUCUCCAUUGCUGAUAGCACAGAGCUGCGGGUGCUGCUGAGCGUCAUGUACCUGAUGGUGGAAAACAUCCGCCUGGAGCGAGAGACAGACUCCUGUGGGUGGAGGACAGCCCGGGAGACCUUCCGCACUGAAUUGAGCUUCUCCGUGCACAAUGAGGAACCUUUUGCCCUUCUACUCUUCUCCAUGGUUACUAAAUUCUGCAGCGGCCUGGCCCCGCACUUCCCCAUAAAGAAGGUCCUGCUUCUGCUGUGGAAGGUGGUCAUGUUUACUCUUGGUGGGUUUGAGCAUCUGCAGGCUCUCAAAGUACAGAAGCGGGCAGAACUGGGCCUGCCUCCCCUGGCUGAGGACAGCAUCCAGGUGGUGAAGAGCAUGCGUGCUGCCUCCCCGCCCUCCUACACACUCGACCUUGGCGAGUCUCAGCUGGCGCCACCACCCUCCAAGCUGCGAGGCCGCCGUGGCUCUCGAAGGCAACUCCUCACUAAGCAGGACAGCCUGGACAUCUACAAUGAAAGAGAUCUCUUCAAAACUGAGGAACCAGCUGCAGAGGAGGAAGAGGAGUGUGCUGGUGAUGGAGAACGAGCCUUGGAUGGAGAGUUAGACCUGUUAGAGCAGGACCCUCUGGUACCACCACCACCCUCCCAGGCAUCCCUCUCUGCUGAGCGGGUGGCCUUUCCCAAGGGCCUACCCUGGGCCCCAAAAGUCAGACAGAAGGACAUUGAGCACUUCCUGGAGAUGAGCAGGAACAAGUUCAUCGGAUUCACUCUGGGGCAGGACACAGACACCUUGGUUGGAUUACCCAGGCCCAUCCAUGAGAGUGUGAAGACCCUAAAGCAGCACAAGUAUAUCUCCAUCGCAGAUGUCCAGAUCAAGAAUGAGGAGGAGCUGGAAAAGUGCCCUAUGUCUUUGGGGGAAGAGGUGGUACCUGAGACCCCGUGUGAGAUCCUCUACCAGGGCAUGCUGUACAGCCUCCCCCAGUACAUGAUUGCCCUUCUUAAGAUUCUGCUGGCUGCAGCCCCCACCUCCAAGGCGAAGACAGACUCGAUCAACAUCCUGGCAGAUGUCCUGCCCGAGGAGAUGCCCGUCACUGUUCUCCAGAGCAUGAAGCUGGGCAUCGAUGUGAACAGGCACAAAGAGAUCAUCGUAAAGAGUAUAUCUGCCCUGCUCCUGCUUCUCCUCAAGCACUUCAAACUGAACCACAUCUACCAGUUUGAAUAUGUAUCACAACAUUUGGUGUUUGCCAACUGCAUCCCCUUGAUUCUGAAGUUCUUCAAUCAAAAUAUCUUGUCCUACAUCACUGCCAAAAACAGCAUCUCGGUCCUGGAUUACCCUUGCUGUACCAUCCAGGAUCUGCCGGAGCUGACGACCGAGAGUCUGGAAGCUGGGGACAACAACCAGUUCUGCUGGAGGAACCUCUUUUCCUGCAUCAACCUUCUGAGGCUGCUCAAUAAACUGACCAAGUGGAAGCAUUCCAGGACCAUGAUGCUGGUGGUGUUUAAAUCUGCUCCAAUCUUAAAGAGAGCCCUCAAGGUCAAACAGGCCAUGCUACAACUUUAUGUCCUGAAGCUGCUGAAGAUACAGACCAAGUACCUGGGGCGCCAGUGGAGGAAAAGCAACAUGAAAACCAUGUCAGCCAUUUACCAAAAGGUGCGGCACCGCAUGAACGAUGACUGGGCCUAUGGGAACGACAUUGAUGCCAGGCCGUGGGACUUCCAAGCAGAGGAAUGCACGCUGAGGGCCAACAUCGAGGCCUUUAACAGCCGCCGGUACGACAGACCCCAGGACUCUGAGUUUUCACCUGUGGAUAACUGCUUGCAGAGUGUUCUGGGCCAGCGGCUGGAUCUGCCUGAGGAUUUCCACUAUUCGUAUGAGCUCUGGCUCGAGAGAGAAGUAUUUUCACAGCCUAUCUGUUGGGAGGACCUUCUCCAAAGUCACUGACUGGGCUCCUGUCAACAAAGAUCUAGAUGCAGGGGUUGGCUCCAAUAAAUGGUGCUCUGCCUACCCUGCCCAUUCAGACUUAUUUUCCAGCUUUAGGAGUGCUUGUCAAGUGGCAAUCUGGCCCAGCCCAAGGACCUCCAGUGUAGUUCAGGGCUAGUCUGGGGGCUCUUGGGCUUGGAGGUGGUGCUAGGCUGGGACCCUGUGUCACAACAAAUUGAUCAACCUGCCUUGUGUCCGCUGGGUGCCCAGUUGGCCUUGGCAGUCUGGUGGAUCAGUCCUGGGUAAGCUCUCUGGCGGUACAUCUCCCUGCUUUGCUCUUGCCUAGAACUAGGCCUUUGCUGGUCCCAAGAGUGAGAGGAGGUUCAUUAUGGCAUUUGACCCAUGGCAUCAUCACAGGUACUGACAGGUGAAGGUCAUAAAAUAAGGAGAGAGCUUUCUUCCGGCUCAACCUGGAUUCCUAGGACUUGCCAGAAAUUCGGCAAAACCAACCUGGAAUUCUGUAUUUUAAAUUUUGUCAAAGAUAUCCUGAACACACACCUCUUCCUAAAAUCAUCAGCUCUGAGAAGAUUUUAGAGCACCUGCACCUUCUGUAUAAAGGAUAAUGAUUUACUAUUCCCUAAAUACUGCAUGUGAUAGAAGGGCACGUUGUGUGGAGUGCUUUUUCUUUAUUCCCUAAGCGAUCUGUGUUCAAUGUGAAAAUUAUUUCCCUGUGCACUCUCUAUAGGGCAUGGAGUCCUCUGUCAUUUUAAAGACCACAACCAGUAUGAAACAGCAGGGCCUUUUCUAGGGGUGUUUCAUGUUUCUGAAACUACUCAGUCUUAAAAUGGCUGAGUAUACUGCAGAAAAUUAUCCUUUUCAUCCAAUUCAUUUUUCAAAUGACAGGUUAACUACAGAAGGCUGUAUUUAUUGCAAUGGUUGUGUCCAUUUGUGCUUGUGAUCGAUUUAUUUUUUAAUUGAAUAGAACAGCAAGAGCAUCACAGCUUACCAUUUUUCUUCUCCAGUGUUGAUUACUUAUCUUUUUACUGCUAGCAGUUUCAAAGUGUCAUGUGGAGAUUUAGCAAUACUAUUUCUACCUAAAGUAUUGCACAUUUCUUGAAAAAUAGAAGGGUUGAUGUACCAACCUCUCUACAUGUCUUUUACAGCAGAACCACAUACUUCUUAACAGACAAGGUUUUUAGCAAAGUUUCUGAUUCAGUCAGGAUCAUUUUCUUUCUCUUCUGCCUAUACAAUUAUGUCAUCUAUGUUUUCAAGCUUUUUACUUUAAAUGUACUCCCCAACACAGACACUACUGAAACUUCUCUGAUGGCACCAAGCCACUUUAACUGUGCCAGGAAGUCUAGUCAAAAUUGGCUUAUUUACUCUGCUGUCCUUUGCCAACCAGUGUCAUUUGAAGUCAUGACAGAGUAACGAUGUCUGAGGAAGUAUACCAGAACUCUAAUAAGGAAACCUUGGAUUUAUUUCUUUGUGCUUUAGGGUAGCAGAAUUUCUGUUUUAAUGGAAAGGUUAUGAAGAAUGUAAUUAUGUAAACAACUUCUUAAAUAAUUUGUAAAUUUUACCUCCAUAGGACAACAGCCCUCACUGCAAUCAAAAUAAUUUACUGAGCAUAUCAUCCACGAAUUUUAUUAGGCUAGGGUCAGACUAGUAUGAUUUUAAUGUGAUUUGCAAGAAAAGGCAAUUUUCAAGGAGAGAGCAAUCUAUUUCUUUUAAAGCCAUAUAGUAUUUAAUGUGUGUCAAGAACAAAUAAGUUGCCCUUUUAAAGAUAUGCACAUGAAUGCUUUCUGAGUCACAGAAGUAUGCUAAGCUUUAACGUUUCAUACUUGAUUAUUUAUAACUCUUCUCUAAGGGAAGAUUAAUUCUCAGUGCAGAUGGAGAAACUGGGACACCAAGGGACUAGCAUUCAGGUAUUGACAGCCAGCCCCAGAUGCUAAGGUAACCGGGUUGAAUUUUCCAAUUAGAGAACCCAUGUGUGUGGUUAGGGUAAAUUCAGGUAAUCACCCUCCGAUGGUAAUUACUGUUACUACAUAGAAGAACAUUAUUUGAGUGAUUUAUUAUAAAGUUGAGAAUUUUGAAUUGUGAAUAUUUCAGUAAAGUUUCUGUUGAUUGUUGGUAACAUUGUUCAUCUACUGAAGCGCUUUAAUAAAAAGGAAAAUGAACUGGAGUUAGUAAUUUGGUCUUUAACUUCUUCAACUUCUUAAAGA